AUGCUCCGCUGGACCGGUGGCAGCAGGGCCCGGGCGUCGUUUCGGCAGCCCGCCGCCUCCUCCAACAGGGCCGGUGCUAUCGGCACCGACACCGGCGUCAGCGUCGGCCGCUGCCACGACACGCAUCACGACCUGCGGGCUGCCUCGCAUGGGCGGCGUGCGGGGCGUCGGCUUUCCUGCGAUAGCCGCAGCGCACCGAAGCGUUUCUCCAGCAGACCCCGCGGCUGCAAAAAUGCUUCCGUGCCAGCGUCGCACGAGGGGGGCGGCGGCGGCGGCAGGCGAUCGCCGACGUCGUCAACGAGCGAAGACGGAGAGACCGGUGUGGACUGUACGGCGUUGGAGUGGUCUGUGAAGGCCGCCGCCGCCGCCGCUGCCGCUGCGCCUGCUGCACUUGCUGUGACUGCGCCGCGGCAGGAGGCACCAGAGGGAUGGCCCACGCCGGUGUGCAACGUGGCUCUGCCGUAUUCGGGGUCGGGAGAACACGCCCUGGCGCUCGCUGCCGCGACGCAGCGGGCUUGCAGCUGUCCGCGUGGGGAGGCUGCGGUGUUGGCCCGGGCGGGGUCUGGGGGCGCGGGGCCCCGCCACAGUGGCUGCGGGGCGCCAGACACCGAUGGGCGCUGGACCGAGGCGACGCGUUCGCCGCCGCCGCAUGUGCCGGAGUGGGAAAGCGAGCUGGGGUCUGCCUCGGAUGCCACAGCGCGGGCCUCACAGGGGUGUUUCUUGUGGCAUUUACCCGAGUCUGCCGAGGAGUUGGAGCUGCAGCGCGGGAAUGAUGUUUUUCCUCCGCUGAUGUGGGGAGGGGAGGCGCAUCAUGACCCAAUGAAUGCCGUUUUGGACCACCGUGCACCCUUCGUCUCCUCCAGCCAGCACCCAGAGUCCGAGCAGACCGUCGCAUUUGCGGAGGAACCCGUAACUGCAUUGACAAGCUACGACUUUCCGUGCGAACUGCUUUUUGAAGAGUACGGUGAGCCUGCGGUAGCAGGCGGGGGCGGCGGAGAGUAUGUCACCAGCGUCGCUCCUGACUGCUUCUCAGGCGCAAGCACUACUUUCACGGCAGAAGCGCGCGGAUGGCGGGCCCCAACCCACAGUGACAAUAUAUAUGCGGAACUGCUCGAUCCGACGGGCUUUGAAGGCGUGUUGUUUCCUCCGCCGCCGCAUGAGCCGUUUGCGGAGGAGUGUCCGUCGCCAGAGCCCCCGGGCGCAGCACCCAGCGCCGCCUUAGGCCUCGCCUCAGUGACAAAUUCCGUGAAUCAGAUUUGGUGGAUGCCUCCUGCAUUGUCCAGGGGGGCUUUCUUGCAAUCAGACCGCGGCAGCGGGGGCGGUGGACGUGCCGCGGGAUUCGACUGGGACGCCGCCGCGCAGGAGCCGCAUGCUGGGUGGCCCCACUCUUCCGUCCCCCAGCUCUGGGCUUCAGGGCCAUCGGCGGCGCGGAUGCGGCGCCCGAGACGAGGUCUGCGGCGCGGCCAGUCAUUGAACCUUUCCGGCGGCGUCCCCUCCGCGCGAUUUCAGGCGUUCCAGCGCCGUUACCAAGGGGGCUAG